AUGAAGCUCGACAUCCCUGCGGGGGACCUCGCUUUCUUGGUCACUGUCCUGAAGGAGACCAUAAAACAGCACCUGAAAGGUGGCAGGGAAUACAAGGUCGCAUCCUUUGCGUUGUCGAAUCAGGAUGCCGAAAAGUACAACGCCUUGAUCCCUCGUCUCGCCGACUUCUCCUUCGUUAAAGACCCCGAAAAGCCUGGCCGUAGCAACCUGCUCAUGUUGAUGCAGACAGCGUCUCCCUCUAAAGGCGAGAUAUACUUCAACAAACCACUCUUAGCCUCGGGUCAGGAGUUUAUGGUGCUCAUUUCGAACCAAGUAUUUUUACAAAACUUUGUCAUGCCUGCCAUGAUCGAAAAUGUCAAGAAGCAAGCCAAACAGAAAGACAAAGUGGCUAGUCAGAUCGCCGUCAAAUCUCUUUCAGAGCCGUACCUAUACCAAGUGUAUAACACCCAGGAUAUCAACCUCCAGAAAGAUCACGACCCUUGGAUUUCAUCGUUGACGGCCUCCGUUGAUACCACAGAAAAAGCACUCUGCUUUUAUUUAGAUGUGAAGGCUGAUGUCACAUUCGCCGGCUUCCGUGUGGAGACAUGGGACAAAAGCUGGCAGAAGUUCCAGAUCGAUGAAAAGCAGAAGAUCACUCUCAAGCAGACCAAGGAGGAUAAAGGCAAAUCGACGAAAGCAGAGCCUUGGGAGUGGCUAGUCGCGGCCGUGUCCUGGAUCACGCUGCUCAUUUUCGGCGUUAUGUAUGCGGUCGUGGAGAACAAGAAUCAGGACCUCGGUGGAACUGUCGUGGAGACUGCUCCGCUGGUCGUGCAGUGGCCCAACCAGAAGUAUGUCACGCUGAAGAGUAUCACUACACCGAACCAUGUUGUUCUCGACUUGAGUGUCCAGUUUUGA